CAAAAAGCCAAGUAGAAGAAGAUUGCUCCUGCUCACUGACCAUUACGGAACUAAUCUGCACAAGAUGGCAUUGAGAGCUGCAUUGAGGAACAAGUGCGGUCUUUCAAGUCUUCUGUCUCAGCUCUCCUCCUGCAGCAGUCAUGGCGGAGUGCGUGUGUCUCCAGCCUUCAUCGCUCAGCAAAGGAACAACUCCUCCUCGUCUGCGGUCAAAGUAGAUUUUGACCAAAGCACAGGCGUGGCAGUGCUGCACAUGCAGAGUCCACCUGUCAACAGCCUCAGUUUAGAUUUCCUCACUGAGUUCUGCAUCAACGUGGAGAAGCUAGAGAUGGAUAAGAGCUGCCGAGGCCUCAUCAUCACCUCGAGCCAGCCAAAGGUGUUCUCAGCUGGUCUGGACAUCAUGGAGAUGUACGGGAAAAGUCCGGAGCGCUGUGGAGUGUUCUGGAAAGCUGUUCAGGAAAUGUGGCUGAAAAUGUACAGCUCCAACAUGGUCACUAUUGCUGCAAUUAAUGGUUCCAGUCCUGCUGGUGGCUGUCUGAUGUCUCUGACGUGUGACUAUAGGAUAAUGGCAGACAACCCUCGUUUCAGCAUCGGCCUCAAUGAAACGCAGCUCGGUAUCGUUGCACCUUUUUGGUUUAAGGACACCCUCGUCAACACAGUGGGCCACCGACAUGCGGAGAUGGCCCUGGAGUUGGGGUUGCUCUACAACCCGUCAGAGGCCCUGAAGAUCGGCAUGGUGGACCAGCUGGUCCCAGAAGACCAGGUCCUCACCACAGCAGCACAGACCAUGAAGAAGUGGUUGGCUAUUCCAGAUCAUGCCAGACAGAUCACCAAGUCCAUGAUGAGGAAGCCAACCGUCGAAAAACUCAGGUCCGAAAGAGAGGCGGACAUCAACAAUUUUGUUAGCUUCAUCACUAAGGACUCCAUUCAGAAGUCUCUCCGCAUGUAUAUUGAGAUGCUUAAAAAGAGAAAGGGCUAAAAAAAGAGAGGAACACGUUAAACAACAAACAUACACACACAGUGUUUCGACACUAUUUGCCUUCUGUUUAAUGUCUUCAUCGGUGCUAUGGUCCUUAAAUAAAGCUCUCUACAACUCUCUUUCACAUCAUUGUUCUACCAGCAAAAAAAAUCACAUGUUCAAUAAAGAGUUUGAUCCCCUCUUACCAGGCAGAGACCAAAUUAGCAGGGCAUUAAUAUACUCAGAAAUAUUUUGCCAAUGAUUCACUCACAAAUAAAGUUUUUUUGUACAAAUGGUUGAGGAAUAAGAAUGACCUUCCGCUAAGCCCCACCCUAAACGUUGGCUACAUCUGUAGCAUGGUUCAUAUGCAGUGGCACUUAAAGUUUGCAGUAAUAUUUGAACUAAUAUAAAUGUUGUCAAAUAAGUUAAUAAAUGUGUGCUUCUGACAAAGAAA